AAUGUCAUUUUUGUUUCAUUCACCACAACAAUCUGUAAAAACACUAGUCGAUUGAACGAGCAACAAAAAACUUUUCACGAAAAUGUCUCUAGAUAGUGCUCUGUCAUUGUAUGAACAAAUCAAAGCCGAAUGGGUCAAACCCAAACAGGACCUGCGAAAAUGCGGUGUACUUCUCGACCAAUUGAAGGUCGCCCUAACAAAGCUAUCGUUCCUGCCAACUGGCGACAUUGGAGUGUCGAAAAAGGAACUGAUUGUGGCCAGAGAUGUCCUUGAAAUUGCCGUUGCAUACAGUGUGAUCACAAAGGACAUACCUGCGUUCGAGCGUUACAUGGCACAGUUGAAGUGCUACUACUUCGAUUACAACACUGAAAUCGGCGAAUCGGAAAAGAAGUACCAACUGCUCGGUCUGCUGUUGUUGUUUCUGUUAUCGCAGAAUCGCGUCUCCGAAUUCCACACCGAAUUGGAACUGUUGCCGCAGGAAAUUAUCCGCAAAAAUGAGUUCAUCCGGCAUCCGUUGGCUCUGGAACAGUAUCUGAUGGAGGGCAGUUACAAUAAGAUCUUUCUGGCGAAGGACAAUGUUCCGUCGCCGAACUAUGCCGUUUUCAUGGACAUUCUGUUGGAUACGGUUCGCGGUGAGAUUGCCGCCUGUUUGGAAACGUCGUACGAUAAAAUUUCGUUGAAGGAGGCUGCGCGCCGAUUGAAUUUGAAGAGUGAAAAGGAAGUGGCUGACUAUGGAGCGAAGAAAAACUGGACUUUGGGCAACGACGGAUGUUAUCACUUUGCCAACAAAGACGCGAAGCCCAAGGAACCACUGCCAUCGUUGGAACUAGCCGAACAGGCAAUAUUUUACGCCAGAGAACUGGAGAUGAUCGUUUAAGCUGGCUGGCCGGAUUAGAUUGUAGGAGCGCGUGUGUGUAAUACCGAGUAUUUUCGCUUUAAUUUCCGUGGAAUAAAAAUUCAUUUCUUUGACUGAA